GGUCUCCUUUACGGCAAUUUUGACUGUCAGGCGCGGAUUUUGUAAACAAAGCUGUGUCACUUUAGUUGGGCUCGAAUCGGUUCAUUAUAUCAACAAGUCUAUACAACUUUCUAUUUCUUUUCUUUUCUUUAUCGAUUUCCCGUAAAUGAAAAGUUAAUUUAUUUAACUGUAUAAAACUUUUUAGCCGUCUGGGAAACUUUCUGAGAGCUGCCACGAUGCUUUUAGCCAUCCCUGCUAGCUAAGAUGCUAACCGAGCGGAGGAGCAGCAGAACCGGUGAGGCUGAGUCCGAGGGCAGCCGCUGCUGCUUCAUGUGACAGCGGGCCAGGCAUGCUCAUAGCGCACCUCCUAGUCAGAUCCACGCUUCGAUCGGGACUACUGCGGGCGAGGACGGGCUUUUUCUGGGCGACACGGAGCCGUUGGUGCUCGGACGCAGCGCAGGGGGCAGACAUGAUUCGCAGCCGAGUUCAGAUCAAGCGGGUCCUUUGCGUGGCCGAGAAGAACGACGCAGCCAAAGGCAUCUCUGAGAUCAUGUCUGGCGGCAGAGCCAGGAGGAGAGAAGGAUUUUCGAAGUUCAAUAAAAUAUACGAGUACGAAUAUAAUCUUUUUGGCCAGAAUGUGACAGUGACAAUGACUUCAGUGUCAGGCCAUUUGCUGGGUCUGGAGUUCAAAGCGCCUUUCCAGAAAUGGCACAGCUGCAGUCCCGUGUUGCUGUUUGAUGCAGAGGUAGAGAAGUAUUGCCCGGACAACAUGAUUCAAAUCAAGCGGACUCUGGAGAAGGAAGCGAGGCAGUGCCAGGCUCUGGUCAUCUGGACUGACUGUGACCGGGAGGGAGAAAACAUUGGCUUCGAAAUCAUUGACGUUUGCAAAGCAGUGAAGCCGAAUUUGCAAAUCUUUCGAGCGAAGUUUUCGGAGAUCACUCCCAACUCGAUUCGAAGAGCGUGUGAGACGCUGACGGAGCCCGACCGCAACAUCAGCGACGCCGUCGAUGUCCGGCAGGAGCUGGAUCUGCGGAUAGGCGCGUCCUUUACCCGGUUCCAGACGCUUCGCCUGCAGAAGAUCUUCCCCGAGUCCCUGGCCAAUCAGCUGAUCUCAUACGGCAGCUGUCAGUUUCCCACCCUGGGAUUUGUGGUGGAGCGCUUCAAAGCCAUUCAGGCUUUUAUACCCGAGACUUUCUACAAGAUCAAAGUGCUCCACCAGGUGGAAGAGGACAGUGUUGAGUUCAGCUGGAAGAGAAACCGUCUCUUCCAUCACACAGCCUGUUUGGUGCUCUACCAGAUCUGCAUGGAGGAUCCCAUGGCAACAGUCACCUCAGUAACAAGCAAACCCAAGAGCAAAUGGAGACCACUGCCUUUGGACACAGUGGAACUGGAGAAACUGGCGUCUAGGAAGCUCAGGAUAAAUGCCAAAGAGACGAUGAAGAUUGCUGAAAAGCUUUAUACUCAAGGGUUAAUCAGCUAUCCUCGCACAGAAACCAACAUAUUUCCUGCAAACCUUCCCCUGGCGCCGCUGGUGGAGCAGCAGGCGCAGAGUCCGGAGUGGGGGACGUUUGCCCAGCGGGUUCUGGACCAGCCUGGGGGCCCCAACCCACGGCAGGGCAAAAACUCCGACCAGGCCCACCCUCCCAUACACCCCACCAAGUACACCAACACGCUGCAGGGCAACGAAGCGCGUGUGUAUGAGUUCAUCGUGCGGCACUUCCUGGCCUGCGUUUCCCAGGACGCUUUGGGGCAGGAGACGGUGGUGGAAAUAGAAAUUGCUCAAGAGAAGUUCUCCACAUCUGGACUCAUGAUUAUUGCAAGGAAUUACCUGGACGUCUACCCGUACGAGAGGUGGAGCACAAAGCUGAUACCAGUUUAUGAGCAGGGCUCCCAGUUCCAGCCCUCCGCUAUCGAGAUGGUGGAUGGACAGACGAGUCCGCCUCAGCUGCUGACCGAAGCCGACCUCAUAUCCCUGAUGGAGAAGCACGGCAUCGGUACGGAUGCGACCCACGCAGAACACAUCGAGACCAUUAAGAGUCGCAUGUACGUCGGUCUGACUGCGGACCAGAGGUUUCUCCCCGGGGAGCUCGGCAUGGGACUAGUGGAGGGUUACAACUCCAUGGGCUACGAGAUGUCGAAACCCAACCUGCGCGCCGAGCUGGAGGCUGACCUGAAGCUGGUGUCAGAGGGCAGGAAGGACAAGCGGAGCGUUCUGCAGCACCACAUCCAGAAAUACAAAGCUGUCUUCAUAGAGUCCGUGAGGAAGGCAAAGAAGUUAGACGAGGCUCUGUCGCCGUACCUGGGCGCAGCUCUGGAGCUGCCUGAAGCGGAGCAGCUGGACAUGGAGGUACCGCUGCCGGUCAGGAAGUGUCCUAACUGUGGGCGGGACAUGGUGCUGAAGAAGAAGAGGGAGGGAAACAGUAAGUUCCUGACCUGUGUGGGCUUCCCGGCCUGUAAGACGGCCGUCUGGUUCCCGGACACCGUGAUGGAGGUCAGCAGGGACGACGCUGUUUGUCCCACAUGCCAACCGAGCCCCAUUCACCUGCUGAAGUUUAAGUUCCGCAGAGGCAGCGUUCCUCCCAUGAUGCCUCUGGAAUUCGUCGGCUGCAUUGGUGGCUGUGACGAGACGCUCAGAGAGGUUUUGGACCUCAAGUACCUCAGAGGAGGAGGAGGAGGAGAAGGAGGAGGCAGAGGACCGGGGGAUGGAGAUGAUGCUCCGCCUCCGAGGCCCCCGAGACCGCCACUGCCCAGACCCUCCGUGCCUCCUGUUCCCGCCUGGACCCCCCAGCCCAGACCGCCACCAGGUGGCAGCGGCGUCCACGUGGAAGCCAGCGGCGACGUGAUCGUCUGCAACUGUGGCCAGGACGCGCUCCUCCUGACGGUGCGCAAAGACGGCCCCAACCAAGGCCGCCAGUUCUACAAGUGCAACUCCGGGGCCUGCAACUUCUUCCUGUGGGCGGAUCAGCCGAGUCAGCAGGGGGCACCGCCGCAGAGCAGAGGGCCCCCGCUGUCGGCGCAGAGGUCUCCUCAGGCUCCCAGGGCCGUGCUGGGGUUCGGGAACACGCCCGGAGGCGGCAGAGGGCGUGGUUCGGGCGCCGUGGGGCAGACCGUGUGCAACUGCAACGACAACGCCGUGACCCGCACGGUGCAGAAGGACGGCCCCAACAAGGGCCGCAUGUUCCACACCUGCGGGAAGCCGAGAGACCAGCAGUGCGGCUUCUUCCAGUGGGCUGACGAGAACGUACCUCCACCAGGCGGAUUCGGUGGAGGAUUUAACGGAUUUAACGGCGGCGGAGACGGAGGGAACAAGGGGAGGAAGACGGCGGGAGACGGCGCCGCCGGCAGACCUCCCGCUGCGAGGAAACCGCGGACCUGCGGCAUCUGCCACAUGCCGGGACACACCCGCGUCACCUGCCCUCAGCGGUGACCAAUCGGCUCCAGAGCGCCGUGACGUCGCCGAGGCGCAACUGGUUUUGCUUUUGCGGCGGACGAUAACGAGCGUGUUUAUCAAGUCCCUCUUCGCAGCAGGUAGUCGUCCUCUCUGUCUAGUUUCGCAACGGCUUCCCGUAAAGUGAAAACAGGUUCGACUGCAGGACCAACGGCUGUAAACAGAUUUGAGAGAGCAGAGUUGCGCCUCUGAACAAAGGCAUGAAAGAGAAACUAAAGCUCUCUGUUUGUUCUGCUCUGAUCCGAUCUCCGCUCUGAGGAGGACAGCUCAAAGUUUCAUGUGUCAUACGUAACUCUUUUUUUUUUUUUUUUUUUUUAAACCCCUGGAGGGAAAGACAGAGGGGGGUGGAAGUUCACCUUGUGAGAG